AUGGAGAUCAGGACUUUUUUCGAGUUGGUAAACAAGAGCAGAAUUGCCAAAGAGUGUGUGAAGAAGGCAGUUGCAGAGAGAGGAAGUCAGGGGGGACCAUUCCCACAAAACCGAGGGAAGAGUUUUGCUCCUAGAGGUCUGCCUUUCAAGCGGGGAGGCUUCGUGCCACAGACGACUCAGGGUCAGAAUAACUUCAGAAGGCCCAACAACAACAAUGCUCUGGGGAAAAGAUUUGGGAAGCAACCCCUGAAUGAGCAGGCUUGUGCUAGAUGUGGGAGUCACCAUCCUGGUGUUCCGUGUAAAGCCGGUUGGGGUUUAUGUUACUCAUGUGGUAAGCCGGGGCAUAAAGUCUCCAACUAUCCAGAGAAGCAGAGACAGGGUAUUGGGAGAGCACAGCAGCCUGGUCGGGUGUUCACUACCUCCACUGUGGGUGCCAAGGGGUCCAAGACACUUAUCCGAGGUAACUGUGAAUUGGCUGGUCGGAUUUUAAAUGCCUUAUUUGAUUCUGGAGUAUCACAUUCAUUCAUUGCAUUUGAGAAGGCUAGUGAGUUAGGACUGAGGAUUGUGGUUUUGGGCUAUGAUCUGAAGGUGUAUAACGCUGCUCAUGAAGCCAUGAUAACUAGGUUAGGGUGUUUGCAAGUUUCUUUUAGGGUUAAACAACGAGAUUUUGUUCAUGACUUUAUCUGUUUGCUGAUGACCGGUCUUGAUAUUAUCUUGUGA